UCUGGGAACACCUUGCGGGCUGGAGCCCACUCCGCCUCUCCAGCUGCGGCCCCAGGGAGGGAGCCAGGCUGCGCUCAGCCUGAGACAGCCCCACAGCUGCUGCGGAGCUGGGAGCUUGGCAAGGGGCUGGGUUCCCAACCAGACUCCCCCGGCCUGGCCUCUUCUUUUGCGGGGUGGGUGUGGAGGGUGUUGUCUCAACUUGAAAGAUCCGGGCUGAGUUUCAUCUCCUUCUUGAUUUUAAGAAGCGACCUCCAUGAGAACUGACUUCAGAGUGUCCAUCAAGGAAAGCAGAGUGGUCCCCACGCUGAAAUGAGGGAGGAUGACAGUUUCUGAGACUGACUGUUAAACGGCUCCGAGGUGUCCCCCAUUCAAAAUGCCUUUCAAAGCAUUGGAUACCUUCAAAGAAAAAAUUCUGAAGCCUGGAAAGGAAGGAGUGAAGAAUGCCGUGGGAGAUUCGUUGGGGAUGUUACAAAGAAAAAUCGAUGGGACCAACGAGGAAGCAAAUGACAUCGAGCUGGAUGAGGAAGGCAGGCCAGUGCAGACAUCCAGGCAGAGCCCCCCGCUCUGCGACUGCCAGUGCUGUGGUGUCCCCAAGCGGUACAUCAUUGCCAUCAUGAGCGGGCUGGGAUUCUGCAUUUCCUUCGGGAUUCGGUGCAACCUCGGAGUUGCCAUCGUGGAAAUGGUCAACAACAGCACCAUCUACGUUGAUGGAAAACCGGAAAUUCAGGUAGCACAGUUUAACUGGGAUCCAGAGACGGUGGGCUUUAUCCAUGGCUCUUUUUUCUGGGGUUAUAUUGUGACCCAAAUUCCAGGUGGUUUCAUUUCAAACAAGUUUGCUGCUAACAGGGUCUUUGGAGCCGCCAUCUUCCUAACGUCCACCUUGAACAUGUUCAUUCCUUCUGCAGCCAGAGUGCAUUACGGCUGCGUCAUGUGUGUCAGGAUUUUGCAAGGUCUAGUGGAGGGUGUGACCUACCCAGCCUGCCACGGGAUGUGGAGUAAGUGGGCGCCACCUUUGGAGAGAAGCCGACUGGCCACGACCUCUUUUUGUGGUUCCUAUGCGGGGGCAGUGAUCGCCAUGCCCCUGGCGGGGGUGUUGGUACAGUACAUUGGCUGGGCCUCCGUCUUUUAUAUUUAUGGUAUGUUUGGCAUUAUUUGGUACAUGUUUUGGCUGUUGCAGGCCUAUGAGUGCCCGGCAGCUCACCCAACAAUAUCCCAGGAGGAGAGAACCUACAUAGAGACAAGUAUUGGAGAAGGAGCCAACGUGGUUAGCCUAAGUAAAUUUAAUACACCAUGGAAAAAAUUUUUCACAUCAUUGCCGGUGUAUGCAAUCAUUGUGGCAAAUUUUUGCAGAAGCUGGACCUUUUAUUUGCUGUUAAUAAGUCAGCCUGCUUAUUUUGAAGAGGUCUUUGGAUUUGCAAUAAGUAAGGUGGGGCUCUUGUCGGCACUCCCACACAUGGUUAUGACCAUCAUUGUGCCUGUUGGAGGACAACUGGCAGAUUAUUUAAGAAGCAGACAAAUUCUGACCACAACUGCUGUCAGAAAAAUCAUGAACUGCGGAGGUUUUGGCAUGGAGGCAACCUUACUCCUGGUGGUUGGCUUUUCCCAUACCAAAGGGGUGGCUAUCUCCUUUCUGGUGCUGGCUGUGGGGUUUAGUGGCUUUGCUAUUUCAGGUUUUAAUGUCAACCACCUGGACAUUGCCCCCCGUUACGCCAGCAUUCUCAUGGGCAUCUCCAAUGGAGUGGGAACCCUCUCUGGAAUGGUCUGUCCCCUCAUUGUUGGUGCAAUGACCAAACACAAGACCCGCGAGGAAUGGCAGAAUGUGUUCCUCAUCGCUGCCCUGGUGCACUACAGUGGCGUGGUCUUCUAUGGGGUCUUUGCUUCGGGGGAGAAACAGGAGUGGGCCGACCCUGAGAACCUCUCCGAGGAGAAGUGUGGAAUCAUCGACCAAGAUGAAUUAGCUGAGGAGAUAGAACUCAACCAUGAGAGUCUUGCAAGUCCCAGAAAGAAGAUGUCAUAUGGAGCCACCACCCAGAAUUGUGAAAUCCAGAGGAAGGAAUGGAGAGGGCAGGGGGGAGUGACCCUUGAUGAGGGUGAGCUGACAUCGUACCAGAAUGAAGAGGGAAGCUUCUCAGAUACAGCCUAAUGUUUGAGGGGCACUUCUGUCCUCCCCUCACCUUAGAACCAGAAAGUAUCCAUACCUAUUGCCUUCCCCGUAGCCCAGCUUGCCGGGGGGUUAAAUAUGGGGACCCUGGAGGUGGGGGAGGGGGAGAGAAGAUUUAAUCAGCAAUAGAGAAAAGAGAUAUUAUCUUGCAAUGACAUUUAUGGGUAUGGAAUGUGCGCUAAGC